GCAACUUCGGUUGCAUUCGUUGCUUAAGUAUCCUGUAUACUUAACAUUAUUUUACCAUCCUUUUUGAUGAAGGAUGUAGGGUGCGAUGACAAGGAAAAACUUCGAUUAAUUUAAGGAUUUGCACAUUGUAAUCAACGUUUUUUUGUGGGAUCCACGACUUUAAGAAGAUGGCGCCACACAUGCAAAGGGUCUGCCACGGCACUGGAGAUCCAGGCAGAUACCCGCUGCGAACACUCAAACAUAGUGAAAAUUUUCUACGGCCACGUAAUGUCGACGUAUCGAAAAUAAACGGGAAGGAAGGUUUCUUUCAUUGCAUAGGCCUUCAAAUGAGAAGGUUUCAGUACAAGUACAAAACGUUUAAUGGUAGCUCUGCCAUUAGGACAAUUAAUAUUCCUAAUGGUGCGAUGUUGCGCGACUGUAGUGUUGUUAUCCUAGGAAUGUCGUGCCGGUUAUGCGGUGAGUGUUUCAAAUGUGUAACUGACUUGAACAUGCAUAUCGCGUUGACUCAUCGGACACAUCCAAAAAUUAAAGACACAGCCGUGAAAGCAACUCAAAUUGCAAAAUCUUUUGAUCGCACAAUGUUGCUCUCUGGGAAAAAUUUGGUGACAAAGUUACACAAAAAGUUACGUUUAACGUUGAAAAUAGGGGAAGAAAUUGUUGCUAAACUGUCGGUGAAACGGAAGCAUUUGAAGGUGAACACGACCAGCAGAUGUACACAAACAGAACAAUACAGUGAAACUAAAUUAAAUACGGACAAAAAUGUAUGUGAAAGUGUAAUUUCUGAUAUUGAUCCUCCUGCGUUCUGUAAUAGUCCUUACCAAAGUUGCAACUGCUCUAUAGAUGUGGUAAACAGCCCGAAUCGAUAUGUGGUUAGCAACAUUGUAGCAAAUGAGCAGGCGGCGUGUGAAGAAACUAUAGAGUACAAGGAAAAUCACGUUUCACUCAGUCAGAAUGAAUCGUGCACAACGUUCGCAAAUAAGAAGUGUGGCGCUGCUUACAAGGAUCUCUUAGACAUAGUACCUCUUGAGUCAAAUUUCGUAUUUACGACCGAAAAGUGUAGUUUUCAACACAGUAAUUCGAAGAACACCUUGGUAGUCAACAAUAAUACGUGUUAUAAUUCCGAAAUCACCGAAAUAUCGAAAUCAGUGUUGAACUUCAACGAGCAACAUAAUAGCAUAGAAUCUGAAAUAAAAAUUGUGGAUUCUUCGCUAGAACGGAUGAAACAGUCUCGUACAAACGACAGAAGAGUAAAUGGAAGAAGUAAAGACGUUAACAUGAACGAAACGCAAACCGUCAUCGACAUAAAUGCCAAGAAUAAAUGUGCGUCGGAAAAACAGUUACAGUCCGUGCCAAAUAUGCUGCAAGUAAUAAUACCAGUAAUAUUACCCGUAAUCGUUCCAAAUAAAAAUAACUCGAAUCCAUCACCCAUCAAACUAAUGAUACAACCUGCGGCAUUGCAACAACCUGCGGCAUUGCAACAACCUGCGGCAUUGCAACAACAACAAGAAAUUAACAAAACAUACGCGGUUAACGUGAAAGAUCAUUCCGACGACGAUGUGCAAGAAGUACUAAGAAUAGUCAGAGGACGAAGUAUUAGUACGGAGAUCAAUCACGAGUCGCCAAACCGUGUGGAACAGGAGAUGCUACUGCAGGACGCCAUUAAAGAUAUGAAGAGGAUGGAAGAUCAGGGCUGGCACUUGCUAGAAAGGGAUAGCGUCGCGCCAGUGAAGAAAAAGAAACGUGUUGAAACGAAUACGAAACCUGACACCAAACGUAGCGAAACGAACGUCGAGUGUGCUGCUAAGAAGAAGCAAAGAAUCUCUGUUCAAACGAAUUCCGAAUGCAACGUUGUUAGGCAUCCGGUUGGUGAAAAAUAUAACUCGAGUACAAAGGAGAAUAUUUCGAAAGUGCAAAGUGGUACUACGAUGACAAUGCGCGGGUCGGACAACGUGAAGGAAAACCUUACAACCUGCAAUGGAAAUAUCGAUGCUGCUUCGCUUGAAGCACUACACCGGUACGGCGUCAGUUAUUACAAUAAGACGUCCGAGGUAAACAACAAUACGACGAAGGCCAUAAUAGAUCUAGUCAACGACACCGAUGAAUAGCAA